AUCCCUGCCAUUAAUUAAUUAAUUAAUUUUGUGAUAGUUGAUGGGAAGGAAGAAUUUGGAUUGGGGUGAGCCUGACGGAAACCAACCAGACCAAAAGCACAUGAAGCUUCUGGCUCAAAAAUCAUUAAUGAUUCCUUUAACGACCUUCGCAAGACAUUUUCAGGGGUAGAGACAGUUUUGGACUGUUGUACGAAAGCUCGUCUUUCUUUACUCUCCGGUCCUGUCCGUAAGACUCAAAAUCGUGUGGCAGUUUUCCGGUCCUGUCUGGAAGACUCAAAGUCGUGUGGCUCUCAAGCAGCCAAAGCGAUUACCGUGUUGAAACAGGGCAGAUUAGCUUCUCCAAAUACCUCAGACAAUCACGAAACUUCCAAAUUUUCUCUAGGGAUUUAGGAUUUACAAUCACUUCUCAUGCAAAGUUCAUCUGAUACCAUGACAUCAUCUCUAGCUGCUGUUCGGAAUCCGCUGCUCAUCCUCCUAACUAGUUUCUUCCUUCUUGCAGCAGCUCAACAAGGUUUCCGCAAUGUCAGCGUGGGCGAUGUUCUCCAUGCCGAUGAUCAAAACCUUACAUGGCAAUCACCAUCCGGUGAUUUUGAAUUUGGGUUUUGCCGUGUUCCAGACCAACAAGAUCGAUUCCUCCUUGCUAUCUGGUUUGCCCAGAUACCCAAUAAAACCAUAGUUUGGUCUGCAAAUGGAGACAACCCUGUAGAGAUAAAAUCCAAUGUUGAGCUUACCUCCAAUGGCCUAGUGCUCAGAGCUCCUUCUGGCAUGGAGCUUUGGCGGUCUAACAGCACCCAAAAUGGCACUGGAGGGGUAUCCCAUGCAGCCAUGCUGGACACCGGAAACUUUGUCAUCACAGGUAUGAAUUCAGACAACAUAUGGGAGAGCUUCCAAAAUCCAACGGACACAAUCUUGCCAGGACAAGAACUAGGAGUAGACAGCAUCCUUUCAUCAGCCAUCUCCAGAACAAGCUACAAGAAGGGAAGAUUUCAGCUCCGUUUCACCUCCGGAUAUCUAGUCCUUAAUCAAAUAGAUGUCGUCACCGGAAAACCUUUCCAGUUUUACUUGAACAUCACAGAUGGUUCCAGUCUGAUCUUCAACGAAUCUGGAUAUAUCCUGAUCAGGAAAUCAAGUGGAAGUCUCGUCGAACUUGCGCCAAACAAUACAGUCCCAAAACAGGACUCAUACUACAGGGCAACACUUGGUUUUGAUGGAGUUUUCACCCUGUAUUCUUACUCCAAGACCUCCUAUGGAGAUGCACCCUGGGCAUCCUCGUGGUAUAUACCUGAGGAUAUCUGCUCCAGCUUUGUGAAUCCAGAUCCAAGGGGAAGUGGGCCUUGUGGGUACAACAGCAUCUGUCAACCUAACCACGAUGGGAGGGCGACAUGUCGGUGCCCAGACGGCUUUUCUGUACUGAAUGCUAAGAAUCCAAUUUUUGGAUGCAGGCCCAACUACCAGAGCAAGCCAGAAGACUGUAACGAGGAAGGCUCUACUAUUGGGGAGGAUCGUUUUGAGUUCAAUACAAUGCAAUUUGUAGAUUGGCCCUUUGCUGACUACGAACUCUUGCAGUCUGUAAAUGAGAUAGAAUGCCGUAGGUCCUGCAUUGUUGACUGCCUCUGUGCAGUAGCCAUACUGCAGCCACCAGAGCGGAACAAUGGCACUGGACGCUGCUGGAAGAAGAAACUACCGCUUUCCAAUGGGUGGUUCAAUCAAGAAAAAAUUGACAGAAAAGUAUUUAUCAAGAUUGGAUUGUUUAUCCUCGAUUUACUAGCCCUUUCUGAGUUAUGUGAUCUUGGUCUUGAAGUAACAUUUUCUACUCAUGGUUGUCCUGUGCAAGACCCAUGGACAAGACAACUUCUUGGAACUAGUCGCAAGGGUGAUGCUACUCUUACAACUGUUUAUCUCAUUAAUCGGAUUUCAUCCUCAGUGAUCAACAAUAAGUCUUCCUAUGAAUGUUUACAUGGUAUUCCUCUUACUUAUGAUCUUCUUAAGGAUUUUGGUUGUGCUUGUUUUGUUCUUCUUCCACCUCAUGAACAUAACAAGCUAAAGCCUAAAGCUAGAUUGUGUUGUUUUUUGGGUUAUGGGAUUACACAUAAAGGAUAUCGUCGUUGGGAUCCUAUGUCACAAAAACUUCGAGUCUCACGUCAUGUUGUCUUUUGGGAGCACACUGCGCUUUCCUCGUUAUCAAACUUCAAAGUGUCAUCUUUUGAUCAACUUUCAUUUUUUACUAAUCCUUUUGUUGAGCUAUUCCCUAGUGUUUCUGAUGCAGGUACAUCUGAUGAGCUUUACAAUGCCUCACCACAUGCUCCAACUGGCACGCUUGGUUGCCAAGGGUUUUACAUAGGAGUGUGGAAAAUAGACUAUGAGGAAACAUUUGCUCCAGUUGCUCGUCUCACAUCGGUGCGCAGUUUGCUUGCUAUUGCUGCUAUACGGAGAUGGAAAUCGUUUCAGAUGAAUGUGAAAAAUGCUUUUCUUAAUGGUGAUCUAGAAGAAGAAGUUUAUAUGAAACCACCUUCUGGGCUCAACCAUCCUCCAAACAAGGUAUCCCAAUUACGACGUGCAUUAUACAGGUUGAAACAAUCCCCUCGAGCCUGGUAUGCAAAGUUUAGUGCUACUGUGAGUGAGUUUAGUUUUACUUUGAGUCCACAUGAUACAGCUCUAUUCAUUCGCAAGACUGCUCGGGGUAUGAUUCUUUUACUUCUUUAUAUUGAUGACAUGAUUAUUAUUGGAGAUGAUAUCACAGGUGUUGAGAAGUUAAAACAGUCUCUCAAUCAAAAAUUUAAGAUGAAAGAUCUUGGUGUUCUGAGCUAUUUUUUAAGACUUGAAGUCACAUCUUCAGAUGAUGGCUACCUACUUUCUCAAGUAAAGUAUGCCUCUGAUCUUGUUUCUAAAGCUAAACUUAGUGAUAGCAAAAGUGUUUCUACACCUCUUAAGUCUAAUGUCAAGCUUACACCUAUGGAUGGCUCUCCAUUUUCUGAUCUUACUCACUAUCGGCAAUUGGUUGGUAGUCUGGUUUAUCUUACCACAACACGCCCUGACAUAGCAUAUGCAGUUCACAUUGUUACUCAGCUUAUGGCUGCUCCUCGCUCCACUCAUUAUGCAGCAAUACUUUGCAUUAUUCACUAUGCUGGAGACUCUAAUGAUCGUAAAUCCACCACUGGAUAUUGUUUCUUUCUUGGUGACACCUUAAUCUUUUGGCGUAACAAGAAGCAGACAGUUCCAUCAUGUUCUAGCAUAGAGGCCAAAUAUCGAGCACUUGGAGGCACCACAUCAGAGUUACUUAACUUACAUUGGCUACUGGAAGAUAUGGGUGUUCCUCAACCGCUUGCUACUAAUCUGAAUUAUGUUGCCGUGAAGAAACUAGAAAAGGUUAUUCGGGAAUGGGAGAAAGAGUUCAAAACGGAAGUGAAUGUGAUUGGACAUACUCACCACCGGAACCUGGUGAGAUUGUUUGGAUACUGUAAUGAGGAUGAGAACCGGCUUCUUGUGUAUGAGUUGAUGCAGAAUGGAUCUCUGGCUAGCUUCCUAUUUGGGGUUCUGAGGCCUAGCUGGAAACAGAGAUUGCAGAUUGCAUUCGAAAUUGCCAGAGGACUAACAUAUCUGCAUGAAGAAUGCAGCACUCAGAUCAUUCACUGUGACAUAAAGCCUCAGAACAUUCUCCUGGAUGACUCUUUCACUGCAAAAAUCUCAGAUUUUGGAUUGGCAAAACUUUUGAUUAACAGCAAGAGCCAUACGCUGACAGGCAUCAGGGGGACGAAAGGGUAUGUGGCGCCGGAGUGGUUCAGGAGUACCCCUAUCACGGUGAAGGUAGAUGUGUAUAGCUUCGGAGUUAUGUUGCUGGAGAUCUUUUGUUGCAGAAGAUGUGUUGAGCUUGAGAUGGAUGAGGCAGCAAUCUUGACAGAAUGGGCAUACGAUUGCUACAGCGAAGGGAAUCUGGGAAAGUUGGUGGAAAAUGAUGAAGAAGAAAUAAAUGACAUGGGGAGGGUGGAGAUGCUGGUGAAGGUGGCAAUGUGGUGUGUGCAAGAUGAGCCAUCACAAUGGCCUAAAAUGAGAACGGUUACCAUGAUGCUUGAAGGUGCUCUCUUGGUCCCUGCACCGCCAUGUCCUUUCCUUUAUAGCUUCAAGCCUAAAGAUUCAUCCAUCAUAAACCCCGAGUUUCCAUGAAUGGAAAUUAUAAAUAAUAAAGGUAGUUCUAUUAUCAAUAUAUACCUACAUGUAACUUCCAAAUAAAGGUAGCACUUCUGGCUUUUUCAGCUUUUCAUGCUCUUGCUCAGCAAAACUGUUAAUGCUCAAAGGUGGAAUGGUAUUUGCAAUAUAACUCUUAAGUUAGUGUUUGGUUGUAUUUUUCCAGGAACCCUGUCUUCAGAUAUUUUGUAUAUCAUUCAUGUAUGGUGUUUAAUGGAUUUGGUGGAGUUGUUAGAACAGACAACACUCAAUGUUCUACUGUUGGCACUGGAUUGCCUUCGAUUUGUAAUCUUUAAAAUACAUAUAUGUGAUGAAUGAAAUACAAGAUAGAAA